GUGUCUCAUGAGUGCAUGGGAGAGGGCUGACGGCUGGGGCCCCCUCCGCCCGCUAGGCCCAGGCCCUCCUGUGUCCCAUCAGGUGAUCUCUGGGCCGCACCCAGUGCACGCUGUCCUGGCUCUGACUCGGACGAACACCAGUCACCAGAUCCACACCCUCCUACGGGUCCCGCCACGGCGCGGAUGCAGUGACCCAGUGUGCAUAGGGAAGGAGUGAAUGUUCUCCGCUCCCUGGUCGAGGGCACGUCCUGUUCCCGUAGCCACACUGAGAGGAAGAGCAGAGAGCUCGAGGAGAUGAAGUUUGCCUGCCUCUCCUUCCGGCAGCCCUAUGCCGGCUUGGUCCUGAACCGAGUCAAGACCCUGGAGACGCGCUGGCGUCCCCUGCUGAGCGGCCACUGCAACCGGACCCUGGCCGUGCACAUCGCCCACAGGGACUGGGAAGACAACGCCUGGCGGGAGUUGCUGCUGGACAGGCUGGGGAUGACACCAGCCCAGGUCCAGGCCCUGAUCCGGGACGGGGAGCGAUUCGGCCGAGGGGUGAUUGCAGGGCUCGUCGACCUGGGGGAAACUGUGCAGUGCCCCAACGACCUAGCUCCGGAGGAAGCUGUGCAGCUGGAGACCCGAGCCCUGCUCCCCGACCUGAAGCACAAGUACCUGACGGCGCUCUCUAACCCGCGCUGGCUGCUGGAGCCCAUACCUGGGAAAGGCGGCAAGGAUGUCUUCCAGGUGGACAUCCCAGAGCACCUGAUCCCCUCAGGGCAGGAGGCAUGACGAGGCAGGCUGCCUGUGAGGGACGGGACCAAGAAGCAAGCCAGACGCCUUCACCGCUGUGACUGGGAUCCGUGAACCACGUGACAUCCAUGAGCCAAGUGACAUCUGUGAACCACGUGGCAUCCGUGAACCACAUGACGUCUGUGAACCAUGUGGCAUCCAUGAACCACGUGACAUCCGUGAAGUCACCUCUGCUUGGGAGAGCACGCCCCAUGCUGUGCUUUCAUGUGACCAACUGACCCGCUCAGUAGGCGGUGGGGAGGGUGGGGCUGUCCUGGGGAUAUGUCUCUUUGGGCUCCUGGACAGCGUCUCAAGGAGACAUUGUCCUGUACCAGGAAAUGAACGUCUGGGCAGGGCCACUAUCUGGGUAUGCUAAUACCUGCAUCGGGCAAACAAAUACACGGAGGUGCCUGUUUAGCAUCUGGGGCUCCCUUGUACCCCUCCUGUCUCUUCCAUCUGGUCAAACUCAUAGAUUGUGAGGCAGCAUCCCGGGGGCCUCGCAAAAGCCUGAGGCCGGGCCUGAAUGUCCCCCGUGCCUGAGCAGCCAUGUUGACCUCCUCCCCAGUGAAGAGAACAUCUGCACUGACACAGCAGCCACCCCCUCUCCAGUUCCUCGUGCGGGGUCGUAAAGUGGGUUUCCUUCGUGAAGCGCACGUGUCGCACACGUUUGCACGGCUCCUUCACGUCCCCAGAGACCACCCCAGACAGCUCUCCUGGAGCUUGCCUUUGCCCGGCGAUAAGUCCGUAGGGGGAUUUUUCUAUCAUUUACCAGCAAACCUUCUACUGGUCGUUGUCUAUGAGGAUGAGGGGCUGUUUGCCCCUGACCUUGCCUGGGACAGCCCAGCUCUCCUGAGCCAAACUGCAGUGCUAGCGUAACCCUUGGCAGAUGGGUGGCCCUGCUUUUAGGGCGUCCUCUGGGGAGCUAGGGACACUCAGCUACAGGCCAGAAAUUCCCCAGCCACAUCAGGGGGACCCGUGACCCCAAGACCCUCGUUUCCAGGACAUGAGUCAUGUCAGCUGACACCCCCGUGAGGCCGCAGCAGGGCUGCAGGGAGCAGAUCUUCCAGGCUGGCCCUCCCCCCUUCCUCGCAGAGCCCUGGGCUGAGUGUCUGAAGAGGCCACUGCUGCGGAAAGCAGAGGGACAGCAGCGGGCUCCGGAGCCCAGCUCCAGGUGACUUUCUGCCUCUGGCUCGUGCCGAUGAGACGCGUUUAGUGUGGAGGGCUAGAGACAACGCAGACUCGCGCUGCUUCUUGCAUGUUUUAUUUACCCUGUGAGUUUGUUUCUUUAUGAAAGGCCAAGAUAGGUUCAUC